GAGCAGGGGUGGGCAACUGUGGCCCUCCAGCUGUUGGUGAACUACAAGUCCCAUCAUGCCUCUGCCUUUGGGAGUCAUGCAUGUAACUGUCAGUUUUGCAGUGCCUCAUGGGAUUUUAGUUCUACAACAGCUGGAGGGCCACAAUCUCUGAGGAAUCAACCUCUAAAGCAAGGGUGCAAACUGGCAGCCCUCCAGCUGUUGCCAAACUACAAGUCCCAUGAGGCAUUGCAAGACUGGCAGUUACAAGCAUGACUCCCAAAGGCAGAGGCAUGAUGGGACUUGUAGUUUUGCAGCAGCUGGAGGGCCGCCAGUUUGACACCCAUGCUCUAAA